AUGAAUACGUUGAAUCCGAAGUUGAUUGUACGCUGCAUAGGCUGUUUAUGUGAAGAAAGUGUAUCAACAUUCAAAUUAAAAAGUGAACCUUUGCGGGUCGCUUUUCAGGAGGAUUGUUUAAAACUUUGUUAUAUUUGUAAGAAAUUGGCAUGUAAUGCAGAUUUAUUUGUGAGAACAGUUCAGACUAAUCAAUUAAUGCUGCAGAGUUUACCAAAUGGCCCUGAUAUCACAGAUCUUAAGAUAGAAUCUCACCCAAUUCUUCAGUUACAAACUAAAAUUAUAGAUCUACAUAGUCAUAAAAUAGAUGAACUCACACCAAGAAUAGAACAAACCAGUGAUAUUAGAGUGAAGUUGGAGAAAAAUGAUGAAAGAGAUGAUGAAGUGUGUGAUGAAAUCCAGGAUGGAUCUGAUAAUAAUGCAGAAUUUGAUUUGCAGUUAGUUAAACAGGAAGAUGUUGAACUAAGUUUUUUAGAUAAGGAUGAAACAAUUGACAAAUGUAAAAAAAAAGUGUUAAAAAGGAAAAUUUCAACGGAACAAACCAGUUAUAUUGGAGUAAAGUUGGAGAAAAAUGAUGAAAGAGAUGAUGAAGUGUGUGAUGAUAUCCAGGAUGAAUCUGAUAAUAAUGCAGAAUGUGAUUUGCUGUUAGUUAAACAGGAAGAUGUUGAACAAAGUUUUUUAGAUAAGGAUGAAACAAUUGAAAAAUGUAAAAAAAAAGUGUUAAAAAGGAAAACGUCAACGGAACAAACCAGUAAUAUUGGAGUGAAGUUGGAGAAAAAUGAUGAAAGAGAUGAUCAAGUGUGUGAUGAAAUCCAGGAUGGAUCUGAUAAUAAUGCAGUUAUGCAAAAUAUUUGA